AUGGCGACAUUACAACACUCUGACCAGGGCAUGAAACACAAGUUAUCAGACAUCAUGCAGGUGAGAGGAAUCAACCCAUCGAUGAGCAGGAAACGUGAGCAGCGUGUGUUAUUCAUGGUGGUGGUCAUGGUGAUAUGCUACCUCUUGUGCUGGCUGCCGUACGGCACCAUGGCCCUGCUGGCCACUUUCGGGCCCCCAGGCCUGGUUACGCCUGAGGCAAGCAUCAUCCCCUCAGUCCUGGCUAAGACAAGCACGGUCAUCAACCCAGUCAUCUAUGUCUUCAUGAAUAAACAGUUUUACAGAUGUUUCCAAGCCCUGCUGCGAUGUGAGAGUCCUCGACGCAGCUCCAGCUUUAAGAGCUCCUCCAAGGUUGCCACCAAGGCCAUGAGGGGUGUAGCAGUCAAUGGUCCCCGUCGCACCAACGAGUUAUUAUUUAUGGUAGCAUCCCUUGGACAGCCAGCUGCCACACUGCCCCAACUGGGCCCUUCCUUUGAACUCACAAACGAUAUCACUAAAGCCCCUUCUUCAGACAUCAAGCCUGCCGUAGUAUCACUAGUGGCCCACUUCGAUGGCUGA